CACGGUUCUCUUUUCUUUUUUUUUUCUUUUUUUGCUGCCAGGGUCUUUGUAAAUUUCAAAAUAAUCCUGGAAAUACCCAUGGGAUUGGUAAAAAUAUUAUUAUUAAAAAGUUAAUUUUUAAAAGAACUUGUCAGAAAUUAGCAAAAGUAUUAGUGACUGCAGUACACAGUUUGCUAUAACAACUAUACAGAAUGUGUAAGGAAAUGGCCCAUUUUCAGACUAAGCACUAUUCGCUCAUUACAUCACUGCCUUUUAGUACACAUUUUUUUUCUAGAGCGAGGAACCGUUGCAUUUUUAAAUAGUAUCCAUUUAUACGGCCAAAUAUAUACUUAAGUAAUUUAGGUUCAACGGCGGUGUUCUUUAGGUUAUAAGAUAACAUCCUGAGCCGUUAUACCACACUGCCAUGGAAAAGCGUGGGCCUUUACAGUGACUUAAUGCAGUCUUAACUGGGUCCGUCUCAGCAGGUGUCUCGUGUUAAAAGUCACGAGGAAUGGGAGUGUAAUCCCCCCCUGUCCCGCUAAAUGAACCGGAAAAUUAGGGGAGGAACACGUCUCCUCCUCCCCGUCCCUCCGUCCCGGCUCUUUUCAUUCGUUUGCCCCCUCCGUGUCUGUGUGAACUCGGCUGCGACGCCCAUGAAUGCAGCGCGUCGCUUAAACCGCCUUUCGACCUGUCGGCCCGUCGCCCCGUCUCGCGCACCCCGCUUUCCCCCCGACGGUCGAGCUUCCCACCGGCCUUCCUCUCCCGAGUCUUCGCUUUCAGUUCGCUUCAAAACGCUCUCGCUUUGCUGAGCCCAGUUCAGAGCGAGAAUGAUAUGAUAAUGCGGGUUUCGUCAGAAGUUCACAUUUCUUCGCUGUCUUUAAUGUCAGCGCCUCUGACUGUGUUUAGGCUACAAUAAUAGUUACGAAACUGCUACCUUCAUGAGUAAAUCCAGCUGUUCUGUCCGAUUCAGGCAAGCAUCUGGCAGCUGCGCCUUCGUCAGGUUUCUUUGUUUUUGUUUUUUCAUGACACGUUGUUUUGACUGUGAUGUCACGGAAGGGAGACUGCAAGAUUGGGUUCUUGCGCUUCUCUGUAUGCGUAGUUUUAUCUCCCAGCUCACUAGCUGCCACAGACUGCACUUGUUGUUUUCACUGACCUCCAAAUAAGGGAGUGGAGGCGCAAAUCUUUAACGCUCGUCAUCACUCUUAGUGCAUUUUCCCCCCGAUUAUUUUAAGUGGAAAGAUGAGUUUCCUGUUGUCGGGCUAUGUUGAUAAUGUAAACAUGGACUAACCUGGGCUCCCCAACACGGCUUCAGCAGAGCCACGGAUAGAUACUUCAUUCACAGUCUCAUUGGUGCACAUUUUACAUUAAAAUUAGCAAAAAAAUAAAUGGAGAAAUUGUCGUGCGGUGAUUUAACCGUCAUUAACUACUUUAUUUGAUCUGUUAUGAAGAGAGCAGACCCUGGGACUCUAGGACCGCUCCGUACCCCCAGUGUGUAAAUCGGGGAUAUCCAAAAGAAGACAGUAAACUGACUAAAUAGAUUAACAGGACUGACAUAGAGUGACAUUACAAUGUUCAUUAAAGUGAAAGGCUUUUCUUAACAGUUUGUUCACUCGCCUUUGUCACACUUUCCGGCAAAACUAACGCGAGCUGUUGAAGCGAUGGCCAGAUUAAGCGAGGCGCGUGAUCUCGCUAUUUCAGGAUCGGGUCACAGGACCUGCGCUGUCAGAGAAAUGGUGUCGAAUUUCCCACAGAAGAGAGACAACCGGGCCUACAUUCAGAAGAACUUCUGCUGCACAAAUUAACUUUCGAUUAACAUCUCUUUUAUAUUUUUGAAUUUAUUUUAUAAUUUACUAACUUUGACUUUUUUAUUUUACACUUUUAAUUCAUUGCUUGCUCCAGCCGUAGAAUAUAUUGCCAAUUCCUUAAAAACACACCCCCAUCACGCACCUUGAGGACCUCAACAGAAGGUCGCCUCAGUGUUCCAGCUGCAAAUUUUAAAAACAAAUGAUGCAAAACAUUCACAUUUACUGGGCUGCAUUUUUAUGGAAUGCUCUUACAGAGUUUGUCAAGGCCUCUGAUUCUUCAAAAUCUUAUUCACAAAAAAACAUUUUUUUUUCAACUUAUUCUGCUGUUUUUUCAAAGUACUGUCCUCGUUCUAUUUCUUCAUGUUAUCCGUAGUUUUAUUGAGUGCCACGAAAACCACUAUAUAAAUAAUAAUAAUAAUAAUGUUUACUCUGGAACUUCUUACUAUUUUCAGUGAGGAGUUUGUCAGCAAAACUGAUGAAUAAUAUCUUUGCAUGAUUGAAAACCUUCAGAGAUUGAAGGGGAACUUCAGAAUUCAGUGUGUGUGUGUUUAUGUUUGCUUGUGUGUGUGGGUGUGUACGCUUGCGUGUACGUGUGUGCGUGUGUGUGUGUGUGCAUGUGUGUGUUUGUGUGUGUGGGUGCACGUGUGUGUGCACAUGCGUGCAUGUUUGUGUGAGUGUGUGUGUAAGUGCUUGCAUGUGUGUGAGUGUGUGUGUGUGUAUAAUGGACCAUAAGGCCAGGAGCGGGUGUGCUGGCAGUGAUGUGUAAACAGAACAAAACGCUCCAGUGACCCCCCUGCUCUUUCCUGUCUGUCACACGCACCCCUCCCUGCCCUCUCUAAUGUAUUCAUCGAGUAUUACGCACGUAAACAGAUUGCUUACAGCGACCGGAGCAGGGCUGACACAGGCUGCAUCGACAAUGAAGUUCCUGGGAGAGAGAAGCGGGGGGGGGCGGGGGGGGGGGUAACACGAGGGAGUGUGUAACUGAUUAGUAAACAAAAAAUCACACUCACAGGCCAUUUUUAACACAAGGUCAAUCGUGCAUUUGUUUUUGUUUUUUUUUAACUGCAUUUAGCCGAGAGACCCUCUGCCAGACUGUGUGUUUGGAGAUGGAGAGCGCUGGCAAACUUUCUGGACUCAAGGUUUUAAUUCCUGCGGAAAAGCACUCGAAAUAACAGCAAAUGACAUAAUGGCACCUCUCUCAAGCUGCAAAUGUAAAUCACAUAUUAAUCAGGGAACUCUGUGUUGCACAUUUGCAGGAUUUUCGUUUAACAAAGUAAACAUUUAAAUAGUGCGGACAAACUUUCCACUAGGUUGGUUUUUCUCUUUUUCUCUCUCAAACUUCACCUCUCUCUCUCUCUCUCUCUCUCUCGCCCCUUGCUAUCAACAGGCGUCUUCCGCUAUUGUUAUUCAUUUCCAUUGUUGCCGUUCGGAGACAAAUCUCGUUCUCUCCUCGUCCCUUUCUCCCCCACCCCCCCACCCCCCCCAUUCACAGAGGGAGGCAAUCUGUUCCCCUCUCUCCGGGCCCCUCCCUCCCUUGUUCGGUACCCCCUCUCCCACCGCCUCUCUCUCUUUCUCCGUCCCUCUCCACCUGUUGACGCCAUUGUCGGACAGACGGCAUUGUCGCCUUUUCGCCAUUUUAUCUUUUUAACAAGUCGUCCCCGCCCCUCCUGCCCUCAUUACCCUUGUGCAGUAUAAAUAGGUAAAAAAACUCAGAUUCCCAGGCCACACUGGGCAGAAGGACACAGACAUGCACGUACUCUGACACUGAGAGAAACAUCAGCGGCUCACAGCGUAACAGGCAGACUGACGCAUGCACGCACAGACGGGCGCUAGCGUGGGCGCACGGGCAGAAGCGGUCAGAUAACGGCGGGGGAGAGAAGGUUCCGGAACAGACGCCGAGGCGGUCGCCGUCGCCCUGGGGAGCCCCGCGGGAUGUCUGGCGAGUCGCUGUGGUGCGAGGAGGAGGAGGGCCGGGGGCCGGCGGGGGGGCAGCUGCGGGCCCCCUGGGACCCCAGCGCGUGCGGGGAGCGGGUGGUGGGCAGGCUGCUGCAGUCGGAGGGGAGGUACCUGCCCUCCGCCCUCUACGUCUCCCUGGUCCGGAGAGACCCGCGGCAGAGAGACCAGCUGGCCAAGUGGAUCCUGGAGGUGUGCUGUGGGUGCGGCUGCGAGGAGGCGGUCUUCCCGCUGGCGGUGUCUCUGCUGGACCGCUUCCUGUCCGUCUCGCUCUCCCUUCCCCCCUGCCCCUGGAGCCUGUGCUCCGCCUGCGUCCUCCUGGCCUCCAAGCUGAGCGAGAGCCAGACGGUCUGCACAGACGGCCUGCGUGCCUGCGCAGACGGGAGCUUCACGGCCCGGGAUCUGCAGGAGAUGGAACGCGUCGUCCUAGCAACCCUCCGAUGGGACGUUGCCGCGGUAACCCCUCAAGACUUCCUCCCGCACUUCUUGUCCGCGCUCGGGGAGCCGCACGAGGGAGAAACACCGGCGGGGGUCUCCCUGGCGACGCUGCGUCGGCAUGGCGACACCCUGGUCGCCAUGUGCGUCUGCGACUCGGCCUUCCUGGGAGCUCCGCCCUCUCUGGUCGCCGCGGCGGCGCUGGAUGCCGCCGUUAGGGGCCUGGGCGGCAGGGGGCCUCAGCCUGGUCACGUGACCGCCGUGCUCUCCGCACUUUGCCGGACCGACAUGGCUGUGCUGCAGUACUACAGUGACCUGAUAGAGGGCGCCCUCAGAGAGCGUCUGAGAAACGGACAGAGACAAAAAGCGAGGGAGCAGAAGAGAGAAGACCAGGACGGAGAGAUGGAGGACGAAAGAGCAAGUACACCAACUGACCUGAGAGAGAUCAGUUUUUAAAUCAGUGUGAGGAUGAGUUCAAACACACGCUGAAAAACCAGAAAUCUAAUCUUUUGAUUAGAUGUAUAAUAAGACUGAUAAGCAAUUUACCAUACUUGCUUCUAGGUCCAUUUCAUAAGAUCUUUUUUACUAUACUGAACACACUGCUGUUUAUCUAUGUUUCUGCAAUUCUGGAAAAUUGUUUUUAUUUUUAUUAGUACAUACAACAUAGAACAUUCAUGUUCUGUCAUAGUAUAUAUUGUAAUAUUAUUCAUACAGAUUAUUUAAUGUUGUUAUCACUGUUUAUUAAUAUAAUAUUAUAAUUUGUUGUUUACAUGGCAUCGUUGUUUACAUAGUAUAAUUUUGUGUUUGUGAUCAUGCUUAUUAUUUGUUCAGAUUUAUUAAUUUAACAAUUUGAAUGUAUUUAUUUAUUUAUUUUGAUGUAUUUUAUCAGUGCUAAUUUAUUUCAUGCAUUAUUACUUAUUAUCUCCGAAGAACUGUCUUUGAAAAAUGUACGUAUACACAUAUAUCUAUUUUCAAAUUAAUAUUUAAUAUCUAUAUGGCGAGUUCUUUUGAGAGCAUGUCCAUGUGGUUGUUACUUCUCAAUAAAAUGUUUUAUUUAUUUAUUUUUUAACAUUACUGGAAAGGUGAUCAGGUUGAGAGGACUGGAGAGAUUCUCUGACUACUGAUCUCCAUAAAAAACAAAACUGUGAUUGACACACGCUGCACUUAAUUGAUGCUGUUAUGGUAUCUACAUUACAGCUCGUCAGUAGUUGAGCAACAGCACAAUGUUUUCUGUUUUGCUUCUGUACUCCAGCACAUUGAAUUUGAAACGAAACAAUGAAUAUGA